AUGGAGGCAGAGGUCCCGGUUCAGCGAGAGGGUUUUUACCUGGAUGGCAUGACUGAUGAUGAGGUCUGGUGGUAUCUGGUUAUUUCCGUCAGCGGUGCAUUGACGUUUGUGGCAGUUUGGAUGUACUAUGGGAUCAAGUUCUUCACAUGGUUGACAUCGGAGGAGAUCAUAAAGUACCAGAUUGAGGUUCCCAAUCCUCCUGGCGAUGGGAGGGUCAUGGAGAACCCUUCAAUCAAGGCUCCUGGUUCAACAGCAAUCCAAUGCUAUGCACCAGCUACAGGCGAAUUCCUAGGGCUCGUAAAUCCUACUACCCCCGAAGGUAUCGACCGAGCAAUUGAGAAAGCGCAGACUUCGCAGGAGAAAUGGAAGAAUACAACGUUCGCGCAGCGCCGACAAGUCUUACGAUGCUUGCUUCAACAUAUUCUAGACAAUCAAGAGGAGAUCUGCAGGGUUGCCUGUCUGGAUUCGGGAAAGACAAUGAUUGAUGCCACACUGGGAGAGAUUCUGGUUACGGUUGAGAAGCUCCGUUGGACACUCAGACACGGCGAGAAAGCAUUGAAGCCAUCCAGCAGACCCACGAACCUCCUUAUGAUGUACAAGAAGAACAAGGUUGUCUACGAGCCUCUGGGUGUGGUUGCAGCAUUGGUUUCUUGGAACUACCCUUUCCACAACCUGCUUGGUCCAAUGAUCUCUGCGAUCUUUGCUGGAAACGGCAUUGUUGUCAAGGCAUCGGAGAAUACUGCUUGGAGUUCCAAUUACUUUUCGCUCAUUGUCAAAGGCGCGCUUGCGGUCUGUGGACAUAACACGAAUUUGGUCCAGGUUGUUACUACAUGGCCUCAGACUGCUAAUUACCUCACUUCGCACCCUUCGAUCUCCCAUGUCACAUUCAUUGGUAGCAGACCUAUUGCCAAACUCGUUGCAGCAUCGGCCGCAAAGUCUCUGACGCCUGUGGUUGCUGAAUUAGGAGGUAAAGAUGCCGCUAUCGUGUUGGACUCUGCGGUCAAGGACCUACCUCGCAUUGUCGAGAUUCUCCUCCGCGGUACCUUCCAAGCCGCUGGACAGAACUGCAUUGGUAUCGAACGUAUCAUCGCCACUCCCCUAGUGUACGACCAACUCGUCAUGAUGCUCGAGCCUAGAAUCAAAGCCCUCCGGGUCGGCUCCGUGCUCGACGCCCCAAAAGAGUCUCAAGUUGACGUCGGCGCCAUGAUCUCAGACGCCUCGUUCGACCGCCUCGAGAAUCUCAUCUCCGCAGCCGUCAAAGACGGCGCUCAACUCCUCGCUGGUGGAGAACGCCUCAACCACCCAGUCCACCACUCAGGCCACUACUUUCAGCCUACUCUCCUCGUCGGUGUAACACCUGAGAUGGCCAUCGCGAACGAGGAAUGCUUCGGUCCUAUCUGCGUCGUCAUGAAAGCCAAAGACGCAGAAGACUCCUGCCGUAUCGCAAACGCACCUGACUUCGGUCUCGGCGCCUCAGUCUUUGGAAGCCCCGGCUUCACAGUCGAUGCGGUUGUCCAGCAUCUCAAGACUGGUAUGGUAGCAAUCAACGAUUUUGCCGUGUACUACGCUGUUCAACUACCCUUUGGCGGACAGCGCGGUAGUGGAUAUGGACGGUUUGCAGGCGAGGAGGGGUUGAGGGGAUUGUGUAAUCUGAAGGCUGUUUGUGAGGAUCGGUUCUUCUGGGCGGGUGUUAAGACGGCUAUUCCUGAGCAGGUGAGGUAUCCGAUUGCGGAUACGAAGAAGGGGUAUGAGUUUACGAGGGCGGUGGUGGAGGUUGGGUAUGGGGUUGGGCCGUGGCAGAAGGUCAAGGGAUUGUUGAGGAUGAGGAGGAAUGCAUAG